UGCAGCUGGAGACACGAGAAGAGCUGUUCACAGACACACAGGUCAGCUCUGACGGUGAACUGUGGAGUGUCGGCGGUGUGGAGGACUGAACAGACUCUAGUGAGCGAAACACGGAGCUGCAGUUUAUGAAGGCGUUAAAAUAACGGAGUGAAAUUAGCAAAGCAGCGACUUUACCUGCAUUUGGCUCCUUUCAGCGACUGAUGAUGAACCAAGAUUCAGCAGUUCUUCAGGGGGCUUUCCUCCUUUCUGAUAAGCUGUGCCUCCCCACAUCUCUGUCCUCAAUCCAGAAAGCUGACUGGAGUCGUGUUGGACACCCGGUCCUGGAGGCAGUCAGAGAAAUCUGUGGACAGGAUGAACUCUGUGGUCGUCCCAACCCAACAGCUGUUAACUGGAAAAAGAAGAUCAUCUGUGUUGUGUGGUUGAAGCUGUUGGCCAGAGAGGCAGAGGAGGAUGUUGAGGUGGCAUGGAGGGAGAACCCUUUCUUCUCUCUGCAGAACAGCCUCCCUGAGGUCAACCGUGUCGUCCUGCUGGAACUGGUGAAGUCAACGGCAGCUGCAGAUAUUUUUGCCAAUUUUCUUGUGUGUCUUCCUCAACCUCAAAUGUGCUCAGAGCUGGAAAAGCUGAUCGAACAUGUGACUAGCAAUCCCAUGAAGGAAGACGAUGUCCAGCUUUUUCUGGAGGUGUGGUGGGAACUGUGGAAAGGCAGAGAUCACAAGAAAGAGGGAGGAGAGGACGACAUAGAGAUGAUGUUUGCCAACCAGUGUGCUCGACUGUCCUCUAAAUGCGCCAGUUUGUCCCCUCAGGCUGCCAAGAGGUUAAAGCUGGACACGCUGGAUUUAUCAGCAUCCUUACCAAACGCUGAUGUUCUGCACAUUCUGCUUUGUGCACUUAAAGACAUGAAAGAUCACGUAUCCUCAGCAGACCUGUGCUUUCAGGCUCUAUCUAUUUCCCUCAAUGCUCUCUACACAUCUUUCCUAAUAGACCAAGAAGUUGUCGUUCCAACCAAAGAGAAGAUGCACAUCCUAUCUAAAGUCAUCAGCACCAGAGAAAAGAAGAGUCAGGAACUGAGUCCUGAACUUAUUCGUGAGGCUCUGAGAGAUUUCCGUGCUUCUCACAUACCAUCUCAGUUUCAGCCCAGCAGGAUGAAGCUGAGUGAAGCCUUGAAGAUUAUAACAGAACUUGCACAGUUUUGGCAAAGCAGGGAGCUCCUGACACUCCAGGGCGCCUCUAAUCCUAGUUACACUGCAUUCCAACUAGAACAGAGUCUUCAGAGAGUCCUGACAGCUCUAGACCAAACACCUGAAGCUGUAGGUGAAAAUGAUGACCAAGAGACUGUGAAGAAAACACUCAGAGGUUUGCUGAAGUUGCUGGCUCUCCCUGCCAUAGAGAGCAGCUCUGAAGUGAGCGUGAAGGUCAUCACCACCAUCAUCACUCACCGCCUGGAAGACUAUGAGAACUUUGCAGUGUUGUUUGCCAGCGAGGCAUCAUGGGCGGCUUGUGAUGAGCGCUGGCUGGACUGUCUGGAAAAGAACCAAGCGGCCUUCCGGCGGCACGACACGCUCAUCAGCCUCUCCUCCACCCUCAUGAGCAAACUCCACAGCGGGAGUUCCAAUGUGAGCCAGUGCAGGAAGCUGAUGAAAAUCACUGCAGAUAUUUUCUCUGCGCUGUCAUUAGACGACAAGAACAGAGCGUUGGCUGCCAUGCUGGGAUUAUCCAGCAGGGGGUUCUUUGGCUGCGCUGUACCGUCUGCUGUGACUGAUGGGUUCGAACAGGAGCUCAACAUGGCCUUCAACUGCAUCAUCCAAGGGGGGGCUGGAGCAUCAGCUGCAGCGUCGCAGGGCAAUCUGAACACAGCAGCCUCUUUAGUAGCUAGAGUGGCAUUUCAGAACCCAGAGGCAGCUUUAAGAUCCUGCUGUCAUUCAGCUAUUUUCAAUAAAGGAGCUUUCUCUCUUAUGGCUAAGAUCCUGCAGCAGCUGCCUGGACUUCGAGGUCAGAGAGGGAGAGAAGAUGGAGCUCAAAGGAAUGAGGAAGAAAUGCAAGAUGGAGAGGAAAGUACAGCUGAAGGAAAGGAUGCUGUGAGUAGUAGCAGUCCACUCAGCAGGUGUUUACAGGACAUGAUCAGGACCAAAUCUCUGUCAGCCAAUGAAAAAGAACAGUUCCUCAAGUUUCUGGGCCUGCUGAUGAUGCCUGUCGCUGCAGCUCAGGGAGAAGAAAAGGAGCAAAGCUUCCUGCAACCUCAGGAGGUCGUGAACGCCUUCGUCCUGCCGAACCUCUCUGCUAUGGGUCACUGCUCCGUUGACGCAGAGCUGAGUCUGCAGCUUCUCCACACUGCUCUGUCUGCGGACGUCCAGGGACCAGCCUCCUCUCCUCACUGGGUGUUGGACUGCUCUCCCUUCCCCCUCCUCUACAUCCUGGCACAGCUGCACAACCAGACUCUCAGAUGUUAUGAGCAGCCACCAGAGAGCGCUGUCCACCUUUUUUCCAUGGAGUCCAAGGAGCUGCUGGUGACGGUGCUGACCACGCUGGGGCAGGUGGUGGGUGCAGAGGUGGCAGCCGACCCCAGCAGCUGGUCCAGAGCUCUGUUCUGGCUCUACAACAAAAUAGAGGAACUGGACUGGACGAUCCGGUUCCACCUGAAGCCUGUGUGGGGGCAGCACUUUAAAAAUGAGGUGCCUUCGUCUCUGCUGGCUGUGUGUGAUUUACCUGAGCAGGAGUGGUCGGGCUUGGACCUGCCUCCGUACAGCCAGGGCACGGGUCUCCUAGCCUGGAUGGAGUGCUGCUCUAUAUCCGACUCCCUGCAGUCCACCAUGCUGUCCCAUCUCUCUCUGGACCAGCACAAGCCCGAACACGUCAGCAUGUUCAGCAAAGGCCUGCUGGUGGCUCUGACCCAGACCCUGCCCUGGUGCUCUGUUUCCCAGUGGAGCAGACUGCUGAGAGCCCUGAAGGAGCUGAUCACCUCCUCUCGCCUCCACGUCCCCUUCUCUCUGGAGUACGUGGACUACCUGCCCCUCUUGGACCUGAGGAGGUUUUCGUGUGAGCUCCGCCUGUCUGUCCUCCUGCUUCGAGUCCUUCAGCUGCUGUGCGGGUCCAGCUGCUCCGACUGGCUGUCGGUGGACGGCUGGGCCCAUGUCGGCAGGUUAUACUCCCACGCUGUGAGGGACAUGAUUAGCUCCGUGAGAGCCAAGCUGCCUCUUCCUUCAUCUGGCGCUUCAGCAGUCUCUGUUUCAACAUCUCCUAAAAGACCAGCGUCUAGAGGCUCAAAUCCCUCUCUCACUCCAGUCAAAGCUUCUAAAAUGUCUGAAGACCAUCUGGAGGAUGGAGGAGACUCUAUUCUAAAAUCACACAUGGAGGAGGAGAGGACGGCACCCUGCCAGGAAGUUCUGUUUGUUCUCAGCCAGCUCUUCUGCCACGUUCAGCACAUCCAGGUGAUGAUGCCUGGAGGCCAGUGUGAGCCUCUGUUCCUGUCCAGUCUGGAGAUCCUCAGUCACUACGAGGCCGUCAUGGCAGCUUUCCCGGACAGCUGCAGCCCGCUGGAGAGCGACAACACCCGCCACUUCUUCUCCACCAUCACCGACAACCUGGAGAACCAGGAGAUGAAGGCGGUGCUGCAGCAGAAGAUCGCUCAGCUCGUGUCAUCAGCGGCUUGACACGCUGACUUUGUGAGGCGAAGUUGCAAAAUGUUCACAAUUCUGAGCAGGUUUGGUGAGGAAACAAGGACAAUUAGAGCUGUCAGCGUCACACACUGUACUCGGCUAAUUUAAGAAGUUAUUACAAAGCGAUGGCCUCAGAAACUGUGUGAAUUAAAAUCCAGUAUUUCACAGCAAAUGUCUUCUGGUGCUGCCUCAGUAAUAUUCAUUUCCACUAAAAGGAUGUGGAGGCUGAGAUAGUAUGCUAAUGUGAACUAGAGGAUAAAUUUGCAAUUUAAUUACAAAUUUAUCUACUGUACACCCAGGGCACUUUGUGUUUGGGGCAUGCAUACAUUAACCCUGUGUGUCCGCUGCUCACCAUCAUUAAACACUUGAGGAGUGCUGCGUCACUUAUCAAUACUUCAUUUGAUAGUUUUUUUAUUUAAAAAGAGAAGUUUAAUUUGUACAAAAAUAGUCUCUGGGGCUAAAAUUUGUUCAAGCUGUGACAAAAUGUCAGACAGUUAUGUCACAGCGAAGAGGAAACAUUCACACUGUAACUAAUGAAAACAAUUAUUCAGAUUAAAGCCACACAAUCGCAUAGUGCAAAACAAACACUGAACUGCUAAGACUUCACUGACCCACAAUGUAUUUGAGCAGUGAGUAGAAAAAAACAAAACAGAAAAUAAAGAGGGUAAAAUAAGGUGCAACUCUUCACUAAUUAUGUAGACAGUUUUUUGGUUUAUGUCAUAUUUUGGGAAACAGUGUUAUAGUGAACAAAGAAAAUGACUAAAUGUUGUCAGAAAAUAACUGGAACGUUGCAAAGAUUUAUAGAAAAAAGUCAAUGUGUGACUUAUGAGUCACUAGUUCAGGAAAACUUUAGUAAAAAAUUGAAUGUUGUGAGAAACAACGCAAAUGUACAGGUAUAUUUUGGGGAAAAUGUUCUAAAAAUGUAUAACAACUCAAUAAAAAGAUGAGACUAUAAUUUUUCUAAAUGAAAAAUCA